CCUCGCUUCAAUUUUCCGAGUGUACAUGGAUUAUGAUCGACAUUACAUUGCAAUAUCAUUGUGAAAACUAUCUGACAGGUUGAUAUCAAAAAAUAAAAAAAUAAAGAAAGAAAGAAAGAAAGAAAGAAAAUUCUGACACAGUUUCGACAAUAUCGUCUGUAUUUGUAAUUUUCCUGAAUCCUGAUACGACUUCUGAUAAGCCUGGUUGUAUCUUAUAUGCCCCCUGCAUGAUGCAUAGAUCGUGAUUCGUGAUUGAUUUCUCUAUGAAGGCAGGUUUACCUAGCGCAACUCUGUAUUGUAUCGCCAACAUUUGAUGGAUUUUUUAGAGAAAGAGCAAGCAGGUGUCGUUCUUUUCUAUGAAGCCUUUGCCUCUUUGGGUAGCACCGAGUAGGACUUGGUCUUGCUAUAGACAAACAUAGAAUGCUUGCUUUCUGGAAGAUUAUGGAAUGGCCAGACAUGGUUUCGUCAAACAAUUGGUCGGUGACCUCUCUUUCCUCGACUCGUCACCCUUUGCAAAGCUUUUGGAAUCUUGUAUCCGAUCAAAAUCCGGGCUUGACACUCGUCGAAUUCAUGCUCGAGUCAUUAAGACCCAGUUUUCCUUGGAAAUUUUCAUCCAGAAUAGGCUGAUUGAUGCCUAUGGGAAAUGCGGUUGUUUAGAUGAUGCACUCAAACUGUUUGAUUGUAUGCCCCAAAGGAACACUUUUAGUUGGAAUGCCAUUUUAAGUACAUUGACAAAGUCUGGUAAUCUUGAUGAGGCGGCAAGGAUCUUUAAGUCAAUGCCGGAGCCUGAUCAGUGCUCAUGGAAUGCCAUGGUAUCAGGCUUUGCUCAACAAGAUCGCUUUGAUGAAGCUCUGAAACUUUUCGUUGACAUGCACAGUGAGAAUUUUGUGCUGAACGAGUACUCCUUUGGCAGUGCUCUUAGUGCCUGUGCAGGGUUAGCAGAUUUGCGUAUGGGUGUACAAAUCCAUGGUCUGAUUUCAAAAUCUCAUUUCUCAUUUGAUGUUUACAUGGGUUCUGCUCUUGUUGAUAUGUAUGGUAAAUGUGGGGUGGUGACUUGUGCUCAAAAAGCUUUUGAUGGCAUGGAGGUGCGCAAUGUAGUUUCUUGGAACAGUUUGAUCACAUGCUAUGAGCAAAAUGGUCCUGCAGGUGAAGCUCUUCAGGUUUUUGUAAAGAUGACGAACAAUGGGAUUGAGCAAGAUGAGAUUACUCUAGCCAGUGUGGUCAGUGCUUGUGCAAGCUUGUCGGCUAUUAAGGAAGGUUUGCAAAUUCAUGCUCGUGUGAUGAAAUGCGACAACUUUAGGGAUGACCUUGUGUUAGGUAAUGCAUUGGUUGACAUGUAUGCAAAAUGCAAUAGAAUAAAUGAAGCCAGAUUUGUUUUUGAUGAGAUGCCACACAGGAACGUAGUGUCUGAAACCUCAAUGGUUAGUGGAUAUGCAAAGGCAGCAAGUGUGAAAGCGGCCAGAUUGAUGUUUUCAAAAAUGAUGGAGAGGAAUGUGGUAUCUUGGAAUGCACUUAUCGCCGGGUACACACAAAAUGGCGAGAAUGAAGAGGCAGUCAAAUUAUUCCUCCUCUUAAAAAGGGAAUCCAUUUGGCCAACCCAUUACACCUUUGGAAAUCUACUCAAUGCAUGUGCUAAUCUUUCUGACCUGAAGCUGGGUAGACAGGCUCAUACUCACAUUAUAAAGCACGGAUUUCGAUUCCAGUCUGUAGGAGAGCCAGAUAUUUUUGUGGGAAAUUCUCUCAUUGACAUGUACGUAAAAUGUGGAUUGGUUGAAGAUGGUCACGUAGUUUUUGAGCACAUGGUAGAGCGGGAUAACGUGUCAUGGAAUGCCAUGAUUGUGGGAUAUGCACAAAAUGGUUAUGGCUUAGAGGCUCUUGAAAUUUUCAGGGAAAUGUUGGUUUCUGGUGAAAAACCAGAUCAUGUAACAAUGAUAGGAGUUCUAUGUGCCUGUAGCCAUGCUGGACUGGUUGAAGAAGGGCGUCAUUAUUUUUACACAAUGAGAACCAAGCAUGGUUUAGAACCGUUGAAGGAUCACUAUACAUGCAUGGUUGAUUCACUAGGUCGGGCUGGUUGCCUUGAUGAAGCCAAAAACUUGAUAGAGGCGAUGCCAUUGCAGCCUGAUUCUGUUGUAUGGGGAUCUCUACUUGCUGCUUGUAAGGUUCACGGCAACAUAAUGUUAGGGAAGUAUGUGGCAGAAAAGCUCUUGGAGACUGAUCCUUCGAACUCAGGACCUUAUGUUCUGCUUUCCAACAUGUAUGCUGAGCUUGGUAGAUGGAAAGAUGUAGUAAGAGUUCGGAAACUGAUGAGGCAACGGGGCGUAAUAAAGCAACCCGGUUGCAGUUGGAUUGAAAUUCGGAGUCAUGUGCAUGUUUUCUUGGCGAAAGAUAAGAGGCACCGCCGGAAAAAGGAAAUAUAUUCAGUAUUAAAAGUUCUCACGCCUUUUUGUUCUUGCAAGUUGGAUGAAGACCACACAUUAAUAAUGAAUUACUUGUCCUCGAAACUUUUCAAAGUACGCAAAUCGGUAGCUGUUGAACCCUGA